UCCUUCCUCGCCGCUACCGGGGCACGAAGCGUCGCGGUUCCUCUGCUGUUUCAUCGCUAUGUCGCUGCCGCCGGAGAAGGCGUCUGAGCUGAAGCAGAUCAUCCACCAGCAGCUGGUUAAGAUGGAUGUCCAUGGCAGGAUCAGAGAAGUCCUUGCUGAGACUAUACGUGAGGAGCUAGCACCUGAGCACCAGCAGUUGUCCACAGAAGACUUGAUAAAAGCCUUAAGACAACGAGGAAUCAUUGAUGAUGUUAUGAAGGAGCUUACAUUUGUAACUGAUGUGAAUGAAAAGGAGAGGACUUCAGCUCCAAAGCCAUCAACGCAUAUUGUUGACAGAGAACCGCCAGCUUUGAAAAAAACUAACAUUGACCCAACACGGAGGUAUCUUUACCUUCAGGUUUUGGGUGGAAAAGCUUUUCUGGAACAUCUUCAGGAACCCGAGCCCCUGCCUGGCCAGACCUGUUCUACCUUCACACUGUGUCUGCAUUUUCGGAAUCAGCGCUUCCGUACUAAACCUGUGCCCUGUGCCUGUGAGCCGGACUUUCAUGAUGGGUUUUUACUUGAAGUGCACAAGGAAAGCCUAGGUGAUGGAAGUAAAAUGGUAGAUGCAACCACAAUGUUGUCUAUAUGUGAUCCAGUGCAUAUGGUUCUGAUCAAAACAGACACCUUUGGUGAGACAACACUUGUUGCUUCCUAUUUUUUGGAGUGGAGGUCUGUCUUGGCUGCAGAGAAUGGUGUAACUAAUGUUGCUGUUGAACUCCUGGGUGUAGGUACAGAAUCAAAAGUUUCUGUUGGUGUUUUAAACAUCAGACUGGAAAUGUAUCCACAACUUAAUAAGACACUGUCUCCAGAAGUAACUAAUACUCAAUUUGCAUUGGAACGUCAGAAAACAGCAGAGAAAGAGAGGUUAUUUCUUGUCUAUGCUAAACAGUGGUGGAGGGAAUACCUACAGAUUAGGCCCACACACAAUGUAAGGCUAGUGAAGAUUUUUGCACAGGAUGAAAAUGGAGUGAACCGCCCUGUAUGUUCGUACAUCAGACCGCUUCGAGCAGGUCGGUUACUAGACACACCAAGACAAGCAGCACGGUUUGUCAGCGUCCUGGGUUAUGAAAGAGCUCUGGUCAUUGGAGGAGGUGGUGGCAAACAAGAGCAGUGGUGCACCCUCCUUGCUUUUUUAUCCAGGAACAAGGGUGACUGUGAGGACCACGCUAACCUUCUGUGCAGUCUUCUCCUGGGGUUUGGGUUGGAAGCCUUUGUGUGUGUUGGAACAAAAGCAAAAGGAGUACCCCACACUUGGGUCAUGACUUGUGGAACUGAUGGAACAAUUACUUUUUGGGAGAGCUUAACAGGACAUAGGUACAUCCACAUACCUAUCAACCCUGACACCCCUCCGCUCGUUGAGCAACCCAAGCCUCUGCAUCCUUACCGCACGAUAGGCUGCAUCUUCAACCAUCAGAAGUUCUUGGGCAACUGUCAGCCCUCAGAUGCUGUGGAGGUCUGUGUGUUUGACCUGCAUGAUGAAUCUAAAUGGAAACCCAUGAGCGAAGAAGCCAUAAAAUCCGUAUGUCCUCCUGGAACAACGUCUUCAGUUCCUCCUUUUCCUCCUCUGUGUGCUUCCACUGUAGAUGCUGCAGUAGCAAGCAACGAGAUAGAACUCCAGCUGAGAAUACUGGUCUCUGAACACAGAAAGGAUCUUGGCCUUUCUGCUGUUUGGGAUGACCAUCUGUCCUAUCUGUUGUCACCAGCAUUAGCAGCCUAUGAACUUGAACGUACCACAGGCAUUUCUGCAGGAAAUGAAGAGUUUCAAGAUGCUAUCAGAAGAGCUGUACCUGAUGGUCACACCUUUAAAGGGUUCCCCAUCCAUUUUGUAUACAGAAAUGCCAGGAGAGCUUUUGCCACCUGUCUUCGAUCUCCUUUCUGUGAAGAAAUAAUCUGUUGCAGGGGGGACCAAGUGCGACUUGCUGUUCGUGUCCGAGUAUUUCCAUACCCUGAAUCUGCCUGUGCUGUUUGGAUCAUGUUUGCUUGUAAAUACCGCUCUGUCCUCUGAAGAAAAACAAACCAAACCCAAAAAACAACCCAAACCCCAGGUCGUGUACACCUUUUCAGAGCUGCAAAGUGAUGACUGCAGCUGUGAAAGUGUAUUUAAGUGCCACUGAUUCCGAAUACCACAGCGUGUGUUUUGCAGAGGAUCGUUGUAUACAGUAAUGAUUAUUUAUGAAGAGAAUAUAUUUUUAAUAAAAGUUACUUUUAAUAGUUACAGAAA